AGGCCCAGGGAAACGCGCGCUGCUGCAGCAUGGGGCCGGUGCCGCGCACCCUGGAGCUCUUCUACGAUGUGCUGUCCCCCUACUCCUGGUUGGGCUUCGAGGUCCUGUGCCGGUAUAAGAACAUCUGGAACAUCAGCCUGCAGUUGCGCCCCAGCUUCAUUGCAGGGAUCAUGAAAGACAGUGGAAACCAGCCACCAGCUCUGCUUCCCCGCAAAGCCCAGUACUUGAGAAAUGAUGUCAGGCUCCUGGGACAGUAUGUCCAGGUUCCCAUGCACUUGCCCAAGGAUUUCUUCUCUGUGAUCCUUGAAAAAGGAAGUCUAUCAGCCAUGAGAUUCCUCACUGCUGUGAGCAUGGAACACCCAGAGAUGCUGGAGAAAGUGUCCAGGGAACUAUGGAUGCGUGUCUGGUCACGGGAUGAAGACAUCACGGAGCCCCAGAGCAUCCUGGCUGCUGCAGAGAAGGCUGGCAUGUCUUCAGAACAAGCCCGAGGACUUCUGGAAAAGAUCUCAACACCAAAGGUGAAGAACAAGCUCAAGGAGACCACUGAGGCAGCCUGUAAAUACGGGGCUUUUGGGUUGCCGAUCACAGUGGCCCAUCUGGAUAACCAAACCCACAUGCUGUUUGGCUCUGAUCGGAUGGAGUUGCUGGCACACCUGCUGGUAGUCUUUCGACCUGGUUGACAAUACCCUGAAACCAUACUUGGACAUCUCGUGGGAAGCAGGUAUGUGUCUUUGAUGGCUCAGUGUCUCCAGAGGCAUUAAGAGGGGAUUUCUUGCCUCUGCCCUCUGGCUUUUUCUGCUCUCAGAGCUCAUUUUCCCCUCUUAACCCCCUUCACUUGUGGUUUUCCUCUUCUCCCCUCUUCUGUUAUUCCAGCGUACUCCAGGAUUUCCAGUGAUCCUUACUAGGCUAAUCUGCUCACCAAGGCCAGAAGUACAUCUCCAAAUACACACUCCCUUUUUUAAAGAUUUCAUGACAUGUACAGUUAAUAUAAAUUUAAA